AUGUCGAACUCGCAUCUAGCUGAUCAUCCUAGAGGCCAUACUUAUCGCGGCAUUGGUGCGUCGGGCAACGCUCAUGUUCAUCUCGGCGAUCAGAUGAACAUCAAUGCUAGACGUCCUGAAGAGAUCAUUCUGGCGAGCUUACGCUUCAGGGGCAUGGAGCACUAUCGCCGUCGACCACUAGAGACCUAUCCCGGAACCUACCGAUGGAUGUUGGACGACUCGACCAGCAAUGAUACCUAUGAUCCGUGCGCUAAGCAGAAGUUUGGAUUUGAGAAUGCCGCACGCUGGCAGCAUGGCAACAACUUCAGGAAAUGGCUUACAUCAAGCGACGGCACAUUCUGGAUCACUGGCAAGCCCGGGGCGGGGAAAUCGUGCUUGAUGAAAUAUCUCUUCGAGCACCAGCGCACGAAAGAGCUGCUGCAGACAUGGGCCGGUGAGAAUGUCGUUCUCGCUGGGUUCCUCUUCUAG